AGAACAUUCCCGACAUAUCGUAAAAAUGGACGUCAUGCGAAAACCAAGAGUGAUAAAGAAAAAAGUGACCAAAGAUUUACCCCCUCCCGAAGUAAACGAAACAGACCCCAUACCCAUGGAGGCAUUCGCAGGCAAAAAACCAAAAUUUGGAGAACUUGUGAAAAGAAAUCUAGAUAGUAUCAACAGUGUCACCUUAAAGGAAAGAACAGAAAACUUUAUCAACGAAACCAGUUUCACAGCUAUUGCCAGAAUUGUAAAAGCCAACACUAUAGUGAAAAAGAUUCUUUGGUUGAUCCUUGUGCUUGCAAUGAUGUCUUGGUUGGGUAUUCAGUGUUACUGGCUUUUUGAUAAAUAUUUCAGUUAUCCAGUGGAAGUGAAAAUUGAACUUAAAUCAGCAUCUGUGUUGGCUUUUCCUAGCGUCACUGUAUGUAACAGGAAUCCGUUGAAGAAAUCUAAACUGAGGGACUCGGUUUUUUCUGGACUGACAGAAAAGUUUGAUUUAAAGACUGAUGAUACCUUAUAUAAGGGAGCAAUGGACCGACUCCAAGAUCAGCCACCGGGUCCUAGUGGUCCAGACCCCCACACGAAUUCCUCCAAUCUGACCGCCCUGGUCCAGGAGCAUGGCUUCAGUAUGUGGGACGGGCUAAAGAAUGAAUCUGUUGCGGCUGCGUUCUACAAAACCUCCAGCUCCGAGAUAAACGCGGGAGUAGCAUAUGCCUCUAGAGCUUUGCUUGAGGAUGAUGACGUUAUAGAAGAAUUCGGUCAUCAAAAGGCAGACAUGAUCACUUCCUGUGUAUUCGCUGGAUACCAGUGCGCGCCGGAGAAUUUCACUUAUUUGCACAACAGUAAAUACGGAAACUGCUACACGUUCAAUUCCAUUAAAGACCCAAAUCCACCACUGUACACGUACUAUGCGGGUCCAUUGAUGGGAAUGACACUUGAAUUCAACAUCCAGCAGGAUGAGUACAUAUCUGCCCUUGCACCAGAUGCCGGAAUUCGUGUAUCAAUACAUGAACGGGGGACAUAUCCUUUUCCGGAAGACGAUGGAUUCACUAUAGCUCCAGGGAUGGCCACCUCUGUAGCGCUGAAAAGGGUAUAUAUCAGUCGCUUGGAACCCCAACAUGGAAACUGUUCUAAAAAUCCCACAAACGUGGAUGAAUAUAUGAAAAGAUAUGGAUUCAGCUACCAUAGACGCACCUGCCUAAAAUCCUGCUAUCAACAGAAGCUGAUAGAUUAUUGCAACUGCGCAUGCUCAAACUUCAUCGUUCCAAAGAAUGUCACUAACAUCUGUAAUUACGAUGACGAAAGCAUAAGGGUUUGUACCAUGAAGUCAGUAAAGUCCUGGGACACCUGUGAGGAGAGAUGCCCGAGCACCUGCCAAGAAAAUAAGUACGAAACCAUGGUAACUGCUUCCGCCUGGCCAUCUGAAGCCUAUAAUGACUACCUAGAGAGCCGUAUGAAAAUAACCACAAGCGAGUUCAUGAGCGGGGGACAGAAAAGUAAAAUGGAUAAUAACCUUGUUAAACUGGAAAUCUUUUUUGGCGAGAUGAUGUAUGAAAGCAUCGAAUCCCAAAAGGCGUAUGAGUCCCAGAACCUGAUUUCUGACGUCGGGGGACAGCUAGGCCUUUGGCUUGGACUAUCAGCCAUCACUGUAGGAGAGAUAUUCGAGUUCGCCAUGUCCGUGUUCCGGCUUUGCACCGCAAAAUUCUUCACUAAGAGACACCGAACAGCAGAUUCAACUCCAAUACAAGCGUUCAAGAAUGAUGUAUCAUAAAUAUAACCAAUUCUACCUCCUGACCGUUAACAAAUUUGGUGAUCAUUAUUUUUGCGAUAAUGUAUUUAUUUUUCUGUACACGGGAUUUGAAAAAAAGAAGAGUGAUUUAUCUGCUGAAAAAAUCAAAUGUUGGAUUGGUUAUAAAUAUAUUAUGUAUGAUUUUUUUUUAAAAUGAAGAUAAAAAAUCGCUAGAACUAGCGAUUUUGCUUCAUCACUUGAUGCUAUAACCAUAUUACUACCAUAUAGAUCUACAUAUAGGCUUACAGGUCUGCCGUCGCAUGAAAAUCCUAAAUGGGUAUUCCUAUUCCUUGGACCUUAUUAUUGGAACGUCCAGUCAAAAAAACUGAAGAAAUAAAUC